UAGUAUAAGCGGAAAGUUGAAAAAUCCAAACAAUUGAAACAGUAACAGAAGCCAAGAGAAUACUCCAAAAGUAACCAGGAUGAAUAGCUUCCUCACGGAUGCCAUCGUGUACUAAAAAACAAGACUAGCACAAAUCAUCCUAGAAACGAUCCUGAUGGGCAAUGCAGUAAGGGAAAUGAAAUAUUCAUUGUUGACAAAUUUACCACAACCAUGCAAAUUUCUCAUCAACACUCUUCCGACGUACAUUAUAUUGUUUCACGAGAACGUUCUUCGCCCAGUACGUUCACAAUGAACCUCGUGCUACCAUUGCUCCCCAACGGGCAGCAGCUACUCUCUGUAGCAUUCGGUAUCUUUAAGUGCUUCGGUUUCAUACCAUACCCGUUCGAUUGCUGCACGUUCACGCUGACACCUUCCAGCAACGUACGAUCGCUGUUACAUCUGCCCAUAUUACAAGUUUCAUUCUACCUAACUCUCUUUUGCAUCAUAAUGUCGAAUCGAGUGAACUUCUUUUUCACUGGCUUGCAGAUCCUCAGCCUAAACGAUAUCAUCAAGUAUGGAACGCUAACGUUGUCCGUGUUUGCGAUCUUCAUAGAUACCGUCCUGCAGCGAAACACACAUCGGCUUGUGUGGGAAAAGAUCGCCCUCAUUCGACUCAGUGCACGGAAGGUGUACGUUGAGCGUUUCACACGCCACUACCUGUGGAAGUUUUAUGGCUAUCUAGCGGUUUGCGCGUUUCUUGAAGCACAAGUACUUUACCUUGCUUGGGAUGAUCCUUCCGAUCUCGCGUACUGGCUGGUGAUCAUGAUUUUGCACGCCUUCCUUCGGCUGCGCCACCUUUUUCACAUGUUCUUUAUCGACACACUGAAGAUACACCUGCAGAAGCUACAUCAUGAUUUGGUGGAUGCGGGUGAGUACAUGGCGGAUCUUGUUGAGCAGCCACAGGAUACGGCCGUGUUUCGAGCAAUGUAUGCACAGUCUGUCGAUCGUCUGCUGAGCCUGAAGAGUGUAUACGGCCAGCUGUGGGAGCUUAGCGACUGUAUCAAUCGUAACUUUGGAUGGUCUCAGAUAUGUAACUUUACGGGCAACUUUGUGCAACUGUCGUGCGAUCUAUACUGGUUGUAUAUGUCAAUGAAGUGGUUUGAGGCUACAGAGUAUAAAGGUAAUUCAUUUUCAAUCAUUUUAAUUAUUGUUUUUUCAAACAGUGUUCUUUUGUUAGUAGUAAUCGUGAUUACGCUGCUACCAUCGACGUCUAUCAUUGUGCUGCUACUUAGCUCUGCCGAGUCUUGCCUUGGCGUGGCUGCCUCAUUACAGUCUGCACUGUUGGAUAUUCCGAUGGGAAACGAUUCUACGUUUCGAAAGAUCAUUUAUCGUUUUGGCUUACAGAUUGCACAGCAACGGAUUCGUUUAACAGCACACGGACUGUUUGAGAUCAAUUAUUCACUGUUAAAAAUGGUAAAAUUUAAUGCAAAAGCAAAGUUUUCUCUCGUAAUCACCUGAAGCUGUCAUGUUUUCCUUUUCCUUUCCAGUUUGGCACAGGAAUAACCACGUACAUGAUUAUUUUUAUAACGUUCUCAAAGGAUAUUAAACUGGAAGAUAUCGACGAUGAAUAGCUAUAGACGCAGCACGCGAUGUAAUUAA